AUGGCAACGACCUCAAGUACAACGAAAACCAAACCGGACAACCAAAACCUCACCAGAUCAAGAUCUCUCGGCAGAAAGCCAAAACCGACAGAACCUGAAGCGAACGCAGAUGGGUCUGAUCAUCGGAAAACAAAUGAGAAGCCUGUGCCCAAUUAUCUGAAACCAACAAUCAGCUCGAGACCUGACCCGGUCAAGUUCUUGAGGAAGAACAACAACGCUCUCGACGACAACCAGAAGCUUCUCCGUAGACGAUCAUUUGACCGUCCUCCUUCGUCUUUGACUUCAUCAACUUCCUCAUCCCAGAAAUCUCUCAACACCUCUCCUGCCCGCCCACGUGACAGACCCGUGAUUCCAAGAGAGAAACCUGUCGCUGCUGGUCUGCGUUCUUCAUCGUUCCAUGGAACCACCAGAGGCGGUGUCAAAGGAAGCAGUACGGUGAAAGCUCCACAUGUGGCUGCAAGAGGAUCAACGGCGGUAAAGAAGAGCGGACCGACCGGUAGCAGUUCUUCCAAGAGCAAAAAGGAAGGUUCUUCUGAGAAGGUUCCAAAGAAGUCUUCUUCUCCGGGUAAAGAGAUUACCCCGGAAUCUUCUCCUCUUGCGCCUCAUGAGGAUGAAGAGGAGAUUGUCAAGGUUGAGACCGAUGUACAAGUCUCUGACAACAGAGAAGAGCCGAAAGAAGAAGAGGUUGUUGCACAACUCGAUGAAUCCACUGAAGAGAAGGAGAUAGUUCCAGUGGAUGCUCCUUCCAAAGAAGAAGAAAGAGUAGAAGCGAUCAACGAGGAUAAAACAGAAGAGCCAAUAGAGGAGCUGAAAGAACCAGAGAAGACCGAAGAAAACAACAUUGAAGAAGACAAGGAAGAAGUUGAAAACAAGGUUGAUGCCGAGGAGACAACUGUUACUACAGAUGUGAAAGAAGCUGUGGAUGUCGAGGAAAGUAAGGAAGAGGAAGUAGCAGAAGUUAAAGAAGAGGAGAGCGAAAGCAGCAAAGUCGCAGAAGAAACAACAGAAACAAAGGCUCAAGUUGAAGCAUCGCCAGAGGAAGGAGCAAAGAAGGAAGUGGUGAAAGGGAAGAAGGAAUCUCCAACAACAGCUUACAAUGAUGUAAUCGCAAGCAAGAUGCAAGAGAACUCGAGGAAGAACAAGGUCUUGGCUCUCGCUGGAGCUUUUCAAACCGUCAUUGACUAUGAAACUGCUGCAUCUAAGUGA